ACAGAUCCAUAAUAAACAAUUUUUGUUCGAGUUAAAUUCAAGUUUUCCUUCUAGUCAAGUUCACAGCACAACAAAACAAGAUGAGUGUUUCUUUGGGUGGAAAAUCAUCUACAUGUUAAACUAAAUCUACCACUCAUGUGUAUUGCUAAUGCAAGUGCCCGUAAUGUACAGGUGGUUAUGGAGAAGAUAGUGGAAUUUGACUUGUUGAAGCAUGCCAAUAAACCUUCAUUUUCUCUUAGUGGGGGCAACAAGCGCAAAUUGUCUGUUGCAAUUGCAAUGAUUGGAGAUCCUCCAAUAGUCAUUCUUGAUGAGCCAUCCACAGGUAUGGAUCCUAUUGCCAAACGAUUUAUGUGGGAAGUAAUAUCCCGGCUAUCAACCAGACGAGGAAAGACUGCAGUUAUUCUAACUACUCACAGCAUGAAUGAAGCUCAAGCACUAUGCACCCGGAUCGGAAUAAUGGUUGGAGGCCAGUUAAGAUGCAUUGGAAGUCCUCAACAUCUGAAAACACGUUUUGGGAAUCAUCUUGAGCUUGAGGUUAAACCAACUGAAGUUAGCUCAAUGGAUCUGGAAAAUUUGUGCCGGUUGAUUCAAGAAAGGCUGUUUGACAUUCCUUCUCAUCCAAGGAGCUUACUCAGUGACCUUGAAGUUUGCAUAGGGGGCACUGACUCCAUAACAUCAGAAAAUGCAUCAGUGGCAGAGAUUAGCUUGACAGAGGAUAUGAUAGUCAUAAUUGGGCAAUGGCUUGGCAAUGAAGAAAGGAUAAAGAUACUUUUAUCUUCAACAGACCUUUCUGCUGGGGUUUUUGGUGAGCAAUUAUCGGAGCAGUUGGUCCGCGAUGGUGGUAUCCCAUUGCCAAUAUUUUCUGAGUGGUGGUUAGCCAAAGAAAAGUUCUCUACAAUUGAAGCAUUUAUUAUAUCUUUAUUUCCUGGAGCAACUUGUCAAGGUUGCAAUGGGUUGAGCAUUAAAUAUCAGGCUGCACUUAGAGAUACAAAACAAACAAAAGAUGGGGUAGACAAGGAAAUUGUUUCCCUCCGGUCUGAACUUAAGCAUAUCACAUUGCAGGAGAAAGUUGUUCUUAAGCGGUGUUGGCUUGCACAUUAUUGGGGUUUAACUGCACAGCAUGGUAUCUAUGCAGAUAUUACAGUGUCAAAACAUAAGUACUGGUCAUCUUUAGCACCUCUUCCUUUCGAAGUUGUUGGUUCUGCAGGGCAAAAGGCUAAAGAGGGAUGCUGGGAUAAAGCCUUUGUAUCUACAAUACUGAGCUGGUGAUGAGAAUCUUGAGAGGAGCAAACUAGUUCAGGACUCGAACGAUCUUAUUGGAGAAGGAAAUAUAGAGAGUAUACUUUCUGUUGAAAUGGGCUUGAAGGAGCUUGCAUCAUUGAAGUUUUCCUUUUGAAGUAUAAGAUCAAAUUUUGUUUCACUUUCAUCCUUUACUCUUAGUGCUCUUCAAUAAUUUUGGUUCUUCAAACCAGGCCACUUGUUUUUUAGUUGUGUUUAUGAUAUUAUAGUAUUUUAUUUCUUGGAAUUGUCGCCAUACCUACUCACACGUUCUAUGGUUGUUCUUUCCAAGGUUGAGGAUGCCAUUGUGCUUGCAUUGGCACAACAGUAGCAUGCAAAUGUUGUUCGACUAUCUGGCUCAGUUUUGUCUUAUGCAUGAUGCUGAUGUGCUUGAUGGCUGAUACUUGCUUUAAUUGAUUAACUGCCUAACAAUUUCUGGUUUCUAUUUGAAACCACUACUGGUUGCCCAGGUUUUAUGAAUAUAAGUCCUCUCUUAAGUGAGGCGCCGAAAAGUCAUCAUUAUUCCAUAUAGACUUUUGUGUUGCAUGGUUCAGAUAAUUCAUGGUUUCAGUUGUUCUUGACUGAGGUUGCCCUUUUGUCAGAAUUGGUGUCCAAAUCAGCAGCCUCUUACCAGUCUCAUUUUCAUGUUGUGCAUAAUGUAUUUUUAUCAUUUGAGCAUGUUAACCAAUCCCAAAAGGUUGGGACUAUGGCUUUAUUAACAUGAAUUCGGGGUUAGAGCCGGAUUUCACUAUAGACAAACUAAUUUCUUAAGAAACUUAGAAUUCGGGGUGUUAACGUCCCAAAAUCACCAAACGGAGUUGGAGUAGCACAAAACUUGGCACAUAUG